CAUAUAUGCAUGGAGCCCUGAAAGAACCUGCAUGUUUCUCAUCUCCCUGCUGCUGCACGCACUUCAGCAACCUUCACCGGCCUACAUCGACCAGUGCUGCCACUUACUCAUUCUGCUAGCUGUGUGCUCCUAGCUAGCCCAGCUAGCUGAAGCUUCAAUCUUGUGCGAAUGAAAGAGAUGAGAGCCAUGAGGGCCCUGCUGGACCGGUGCCGCCUGUCGCCGUCGUCCAAGAAGGCCCGCGGCCGCGAGCCGCCGGAGGGCUGCCUGGCGGUGUACGUGGGCGCGGCGAGGGAGCGGUUCGUGGUCCGCACCGAGUGCGUCAACCACCGCCUGUUCAGGGCGCUGCUGGAGGAGGCCGAGGAGGCGCGCGGGCCCUACUGCUACGCGGCGGACGGGCCGCUCGAGCUGCCCUGCGACGCCGCCGCGUUCGCGCGCGCCGUGGAGGCGAUCGAGCGGGAGAUGGCCGAGGAGAGGACCACGGUCGGGUGCGGUGGCGGGGGUAUCGUGAGGGCAACGCACUCGGCAGCGCACCGGACGGCGGCAGCGUGGUGAGAGUGAUAGCCGGCGGCAAGCAGAUGACCGUCGCCUCUUCAUAAAGUAUACUGAUGAAAGUGAUGAUAUGUAAGCUAGUUUACGCAUGCAUGAAUCAUGGUUACCUGGUG